AUGGACUCCUCAUUUCUGGGGGAUCCUUACCCAAUCUCACCUCAUUGCAGACCAGCGUCACACACCAUUGCUAGCGCCACCACCACUGCUAGUGCCACUGCCGCAUCCUCACAGAUGGCGAGUACUUCACCAUCUCCAAAUUCUUCACCCACUGCUGCCUCACCACCAGCGUCCACCCCUCCGCCACCUCAGUCUUCCUCUCCUCCACCAGCCCCUCCUACAACAACUCCAUCUUCUUAUUCCAAUCUCAUUCCAAUCGCUUCUAGUAAAGUGGUGUUGACUGUUAUUUUUGCAUAUUGCAGUUUGUCCCUCCUAUUAUCUGGUAUCGAUUAG